AUGACUAGCGCUACAUUGAAUUUGGUAAGUGCUAACAAACUAAACGAUGAUAACUAUACUAGUUGGAAGAAUACUAUAAACACUAUGCUAAUUAUCAAUGACCCGAGGUUCAUCCUUGUUGAGGAAUGUCCUCAACUACUCGUUGUUGGAGUAUCUCAAAAUGUUCAGAAUGCAUAUGAAAGAUGGGUCAAGGCAAUCAAAAAGGCCCCAGUGUACAUCUUGGCCAGCUUAUCUGAAGUUUUGGCCAAGAAGCACAAAAUCAUGGUCGCUGCACGACAGAUCAUGGAUUCGUUGAAGGAGAUGUUUGGACAACCGCCCAUCCAACUCUGA